AUGUCAAGCGCAGCUGCUCGUGCGGAAGCGCGACGCAAAGCCAUUCUCAGUCGCGGUUCGGACAGACUGUCAAAACUUACGACGUCUGCCCGAGGAGAAGACGCGCCUGCAUACGCUCAUGACGAACCGCCCUCUAACCUCUCUUCAUUUCUCGGCGAGGACACACCCACACCCACGUCCACCGCUCCCCGUCCACGCCCCUCUCGUCCAAACACCAAUACAAGCACCCCGACACCUGGUUCUAUCAAUCCUGGGUUACCUUUCGACCUCUUUGGAGGUGCUUCUGACCCGUCCGCCUUUACCGAUGGGCUCCAGCAACAAUUCAUGCAAGCUUUGAUGGGUGGCAUGAUGGGUGGCACCCCCACUUCUCCCUCAAACGCCCUUCCGUCGUCUGCAUCCAGCACCCUCGCCGGAUCUGACAAUGGUUCUGCUGGACCUUCCCCCGACGAUCCCCUCAUGGCUCUUAUGAACUCCUUACAAGCAGCCGGUGCGGGUGGCGCGGGUGGCCCCGACUCGAACCCGUUCGCUCAAGGUUCCAUGGCCAAUCCAUUCGCAGCCGGUGGCGCCUCUGAUAUGUUUGGCAAGAUGGCUGCCGCUCCAAAACCCAAAACUAUGCUGCAGAGGCUUCUGCCUCUGAUACACGUGUUGUCGAUGUGGUGUCUUGUUGCGUUCUUCGUAAUAUGGAAGGAGCCUGAGGUGUGGGCGAUUGAAGGAAAAGGCCCGGUGGGUUGGGGCGAAAUGUGGAGGAGGUGGGCGGAACUGGGUAGGGGACAGACUACUGGGCUAAGUGGAGGUGGAUUGAAACUAGGAAGGGAAGCAUGGGGAGUGCAGGUCGUUCCUUUCUUCUGGGCAUUUGUCUCGCUCGAGCUUGCAUUGCACUCGCUACAUAUCUUCUCUGGUCUCAACACGACACAACCUCCAAUGCUACUCAUGCUCGCCCUUCCGCAUCUUCCCAAACCACUGCCCACCCUCGUCCUCACAGGGCUGAAGUACAUUCAGAUGGGCAGCACGCUGCUAGACGACAUCGCAGCCGUCCUAGUUGCGUUAGGCCUGCUCGUUGCUGUUUCGGGAUGGUUAGCAGGAUAG